CCGUUCAUUUAAAUCAAUCAGCCCGUUCGUACAGUAUUUGUAUAGAAAUAUCUAGUACGAGAACCGGAAGGAAUAACAGAAAAAUGGCAUCUCUAGACUCAGGUACGAGUUUGGAGGAGUACAAACUUGAACUGCUCAAGCAAUUCAAGGGUAAACCAAUCUCUGAGCUGCCUACCCCGAGCUUUAUCGUCGAUAUGGAGACAGUGCGGGCGAAUUGCAAGCGCAUGCUGGACAGAGUGGAGGCCUUGGAUCUCAAUCUGAGAUUCAGACCGCAUAUCAAGACUCACAAGACUAUCGAAAUAACUCAGCUCGAGCUCGGCAACGGGGAAAAACACAAGUCUGUAGUCGCAUCUACAAUCCGAGAAAUUCGCGGCGUUUUCCCUCUUGUGGUUUCUGGAAUGGUGGACAAUGUGCUAUACGGCGUUCCGCCUGCCAAAUCAAAGAUCCCGACCCUGGCCGAAAUCUCGAGUAGUAUGGCUGCUCAUGGCGCCAAGUUGCUGUUAAUGAUUGACUCUCUUGACCAGUUGCACGUGCUUGAGGAGUAUCGGUCGAAGAAUCCUGAUAUACCGGUCUGGUCGAUCUUUUUGAAGGUGGAUAUUGGUGAUCACAGAGCAGGACAGGAGGUGACUGCGAGCUCAUUCGAGACGCUGAUCGAAGAGGCAGUUAGUGAUCAGAAGGGAUAUGUCUCGUUAUUCGGAUUAUACGUACACAGAGGUGCGAGCUACGACUCGUCAGGCGCAUACGAUGCUCGCGCACAUCUACAGCUGGAAGUCCAAGGUGUGAAAACCGCAGCUAUGAUUGCGCAAAAAUACACCUCAUCCCGGUUCGUACUUUCGAUGGGUGCGACACCCACUGCUCAGAUUGUGGACAAAGAGGUCGAAGACUGGAUGAAAGAUCUGCAAAGCUACGGCGACGUGGAAAUUCACGCGGGUAACUACGCCAUGCUGGACAUCCAGCAGGUUGCAACCGGGCUCGUCACCGUGUCGGAUGUAGCGGGCAAAGUUGUUGCCGAGGUGCUUAGCUACUAUAAAGAUCGCGACGAAUAUCUUGUUGAUGCAGGAGUUUUGGCUCUUGCGAGAGAGCCGGGGAGAAUCCCGGGAAUUGCUCUAAUUGACGGACAGCCGCUCUCCGGAAAACGCUGGGUACUCACCAGAGUAAGUCAAGAGCACGGAAUUAUAAGUCGGAGAGAAGAUGCCGUGAAUGUUGCUGAGUCUACUGGAUCAGCGACCGAGUCUUGGGGGAUUGGAGAGAAGGUUCUUUUGUUGCCCCAGCAUGCGUGCAUCACGUCGUCCAUGUAUCAGUGGUAUUUUGCUAUUGAGAACGGAGUUGUGAGCGAUGUUUUAAUUCCCUGGAGAGGUUGGUAGAGUAGAUUGAAUAAUAUUUGACAUAUAUGAUGAAUCU